CGACGGUGCAGUCGGACGGCUCCGCCUGCGUCAAAAUCGAGCCCCCAACCUGGUGCAAGCCCAGAACGGACUUGGAAGCCAGUUCAUCUGACAGUUCAGAUUGUACGGUUGUUGCGGUCGCACUGAUCCGUUCGUCGUUUACACGGAACGUGUUAUGAAUUAAAUCGGACGCAAAGAUGCAAAGUAUCAUUGUAGGCGGCAUUGAAGGAGGUGCCACCCAUUCCAAUGCCGUUUUGCUAAACGAAUCCGGAGCGAUCAUCGCCAAAUCGGUGGGACCCGGCACAAAUCACCAUCUGAUAGGGAUGGAGGAGUGCAGGAGACGGAUAGAUGAUAUGAUUAACGAAGCAAAGACGAAAGCCGGCCUUUCGUUGGACACACCAAUAGAUGCUUUGGGUUUAAGUUUAAGUGGUUGUGAACAAGAGGAGUCCAAUAACAUAAUAGUUGAGGGUUUGAGAUGCCGGUACCCGAAUCUAAGCAAAAAGUAUGUGAUAGCCAGUGAUACAGAUGGAUCGGUGGCAGCCGUUUCGAACAAGGGGGGUGUGGUGUGUAUAGCCGGUACCGGAUCCAAUACACUGCUCAUCAACCCCGAUGGUACCAAAGUGCAGUGCGGUGGAUGGGGCUACUUACUCGGCGACGAAGGAAGCGCGUGGAAAAUCGUCCAGAGAGCCAUCAAAUACUGCUUCGACGAUCUCGACAACUUCGCAAAGAGCCCCCAUCCAAUCGACCGGACAUGGAGGGAAAUCCAGGAGUAUUUUAAGAUAAAAACGCAGGCGGAUCUCCUGGGCACGUUCUACGGAUCGUUCGACAAGGCGUUCAUCUCCAAGUUGUGCAAGCAACUUUCCGAAGUGGCCAACGAAGGCGACAGUUUAGCCAGGCACAUUUUCGAAGAGGCAGGCACGGAUUUGGCUAAGAGUAUUUCCUCCGUAAUAUGCAAAGCAUCGCCGGAAUUGACCGAGAAGGAGGACGGUAUCCAGAUAAACUGCGUAGGAUCGGUUUGGUUAAGUUGGAGGCUGCUCAAGAAAGGGUUCAUCGAAUACCUCAACACGAACUCCGACGUGCAAAAGUUGUCGUUGAUUAAGCUGACGACGUCUUCUUCGGUUGGUGCAGCACUGAUGGCUUCGGACAAACUGGACAUACCGGUUGCGAGGGACUAUUCUAAGAACUAUGAAGUGUUUUUCAAAUACACCAAAGGAAUGAGUUUAAAUUGUAGCUAGGAUUUUAAAAAAUUGACGUUAUUUCUGUCUACUUAGAGUUUAUCGAUGGGUUUAAUCGAUGAUUGUGCAUUCUAUCUACUCAAUAUAUUAUUUAUUGUACAAUUUAAUAGGUAAUGUUUGUAAGACAUCAUGUAGAUGUUACGUUCCUAUAUAUACAUAUUAUAUAUUUUUUGUAAUAUGUAGUUCAUUUGAGAACAUUAUUGUUAUGACAUGAUAUAAGAAAGUAUAUAUAAAAAUUGAUAUUUUUAUAAGAAAUAUAUUUUAAUAUUUUUAA